AUGGCCUGGGUGGGAAACCAGACUUUUAUCUCCCACUUCAUCCUCCUGGGCCUCUUCACCCACUCGCCAUUACACCUCUUCCUCUUCUCCAUCAUCAUGAUCAUGUUUCUGGUGGCCCUUUCUGGCAAUGGGCUCAUGAUCCUCCUCAUCAAUGUCGACUCCAGCCUCCACAGCCCCAUGUACUUCUUCCUCAGCUGGCUGUCACUCAUGGACCUCAUGCUCAUCUCCACCAUUGUGCCACGGAUGGCCGAUGACUUUCUGCUUGGUGGUGGCUCCAUCUCCUUUACAGGCUGUGGACUCCAGAUCCUCUUCUUCCUCACCCUCUUGGGGGAUGAAUGCUUCCUGUUGGCCUUCAUGGCCUACGACCGCUACGUGGCCAUCAGCAACCCACUGAGGUACUCAGUGGUUAUGAGUCGCCGAGUCUGCUGGCUCAUGGUGGCGGGGUCCUGGCUCUUUGGACUGGUGGAUGGGCUGAUCCAGGCUGUCUUCACCCUCCGCUUCCCCUACUGUGGUUCCCAGGAGAUAGACCACUUCUUUUGUGAGGUCCCUGCAGUGCUCAAGCUGGCCUGCGCUGACACCUCCCUCUAUGAGACCAUGAUCUAUGUCUGCUGUGUCCUCAUGCUGCUCCUGCCUUUCUCUGUCAUCUCGGCCUCCUACCUGAGGAUCCUGGUGGCAGUGCUCCGCAUGCACUCUGUGGAAGGCCGGCAGAAGGCUUUUGCUACCUGUUCCUCCCAUAUGACCGUGGUCUCCCUCUUCUAUGGGGCAGCCAUGAUUACCUACAUGCGACCCCAGGCCUACCACUCUUCCAAGCAGGACAAAGCGGUCUCUGCCUUCUACACCAUGAUCACCCCCAUGCUCAAUCCUCUCAUCUACAGUCUGAGGAACAAGGAAGUGGGCGGGGCUUUGAGGAAACUCCUGGGAAGGUGCCCCUGUGGGCACUAA